AUGGACCCAUUUAGCAUUGCUACUGUUGCUGCCGGGGCAACAAGCCAAGCCAUCUCCAUCUCGAAAGCUCUCUACGACGCCCACAGACGAUACAAGAACGCACCCUUGGCUAUAGUCACCAUCGCCACCAAGUCCCAGCUGAUUGCCGCCUCUCUAGAGAAACUGCAGUCUUUUCUGCUCCGUCGCGACGAUCUUUCCGAUGCCUCGGGCAAUGCACCUCUCGACCUCGUAUCUGUCCUCGACACCGCCCUGCAGGGCUGCGUCGUUGUUUUCAGCUGCUUGGAAGUCGACCUCAUUCAAAAGCUGGCUCUAAAGGCCGAGUCCGGGAAUCUUCUUAACAAGGAACGUGCAAAUAACGACAACAGGGCGUUGAGAACCGAAUCACUGCGCGCGAAAUAUCCAAACAUGCGGGCGCCACCAUCCUUAUUUGAGACUCUACCGCUGUCCACCGGCAGAUCUUCAGGCUCCGGAAACACCGACAUGUCAUUCCAGUUUGACCACCAGAUCAUCAACACCGCAGUCUACCGCAGGUUUAUUUCUCAAAGACGAGUCUCGAGGGCCAAGCCGGCAGCCCACAGUAGCCCGGGAGACUUGCCGCCAGCCGGACUCACGAGCAGGUCUGUUACAGACGACAGCGAGAUGCAACAGAUUCCAGGAAGCAACUAUUGCCUAGGGGACCCGCCUCCUCUCGCCCUCUUUACCCGCCGGAAAGAACCGGCAGCCUCCGUCUCUAACGCGCUGCCCGGCCUCAAGGAACCGCAAGCAAACACCAAGCCAGAGCUAAGGCCUAGGUUGAUAGCAGAUCCACCGCUGCUGAUCUAUGAUAAUAUGGGGUGGGGAAAGAUUGUUCAGUUGAGAUGA